AUGGAGUAUUUGACUAAGUUGAAUGGUAAUACAGCUACUAAGUCAGCUUUUGAUUUGAAGUAUACUUUCCCUGUGAAAUAUUAUGAUUUCCAUAUCUAUUACUAUGCUCAUAAUCAAUCAUCUUUGGCAGAGUCUAACGCAUUACAACAACGAUUUUUGAACGAUUUCUCUAAUGAAGGAGAAGAUGGGUCAGUUAUUGUAAAGAAGUUACCUAACGAAAAGGUCAUUGGACCUCAUCCUACACAAUUCUGGGAAGUGGAUGUUUUGAGACCUGAAGUUUUCAUCAAAGUGAUUAGUUGGUUUCAAUUGAAUCAUGGGAAUUUGUCAGUAUUGAUUCAUCCUCAAACUGGUGAUGAUAUAUUAGAUCAUACUGGACGAGCAAUGUGGUUGGGUGACAAAUUACCUUUAUUGUUAGACGUGUUUGAUGAUUCGACGGGGAUCCCUGAAUUUGGUGUUAAAGGAGGGAAAAGAAUUGAUGCAAAGGAUUAUUACUAA